UAUCCUUUAACAUUUCCUCUUGUAUAUAAAGAUACUUGUUUUCACUUCGCUCUACCAUAGAUGGUUGAGGAUGAGGGAGGGUUUAGGACUUAGCUUAUCUAGUUUCUGUGGUAUUCAUCCCAAGUGAGACUUUGCAUCUGUUGUUUACUAAAAUUCCUUUUUCAUGAGUUCCAUCUGAUUUCUCAGUCAGUUUUCUGUUCCAGAGUGAAGAAGAAGCAAACCCAGCAGACCACUCUUCAUCCACACAUUCUUCACUGAGAAGAUGAGGCUGUGUCUUGAGUUCUGUGUCCUCUGCCUGAUGGCUCCUGUUGGCCUCAGUCAGCUCCAAGGUCCUCCUGGUCCCAAGGGUAGCCAAGGAUUGCCUGGGUUUCCUGGUGCAUUGGGAGCACCAGGAGCACCUGGGCGUCUCGGAUAUCCUGGAGUUCCAGGUGUAGACGGUUUAAAAGGGGAUAGGGGAGAAAGGGGAUUGCCCGGAGAGGUAGGCAGACCAGGACACAGAGGAACAUGUCAACAAGGUGGCCUUGAUUCCAGUUGCGUGGACCUCAGAGUCUUAAAGGAGAGUGUUGCUAGGUUAGAGUUGUCUAUAAACUACGACUUUGUGCGGCGAGUUGGUCAGAAAUACUUUGUGUCCUACAAAGAGAGAGACUCCUUCUCCAAAGCUGUCGAGUUCUGCACCCAAAGAGGCUUGGAGCUGGCUUUACCCCAGAACGAGGAGGAGAACAACAUACUGACUCAGUUCUUUGGGGAUGUUUACAAAAUGGCUUGGAUUAAUGUCAAUAAUAAAAAAACAGAGGGGGAUUUUGUGGUGGAUAUGAAUAACAGACCUCUGACCUUUACCAAAUGGGGGGAUAGACAGCCUGAUAAAUCCAUCCAGGACACAGGCUGCACCAUGCUGUCAGAAAAUGGUGUGUGGAGUGUGACACAGGAGUGCUUUCUGAAUGGUUUCAUCAUAUGUCAGAUAUAGAAAGUUCUCAGUCCUUACAGAGUCUUUCUGCAGUGUAAAGGAUCCUCAUUUUUUUUGCACAAUGUAUCUUUACCACAAGGUUAAGUGUUGAAGUUUAGUAUCUUCUUACAGGAGUAUUCCUGAUUUUCUUAAAGUAGGGUCCUAUUUUGAUUUUGUUAACAACUAGCAUGUUCAUGUUGUUGUGGAAUUAUUACAGUUGAUUGCUGCAAUGUAACUGUUUGGGGCAAUUACAGGCCAGCAACUUAGGUCCACAGAAAGUAUAUUUUAUCAGUAGGCUGCUAACAGUAGCCACCCCAUUCAAAGGAUCAACUCCAAAUAUAUUAAGUAUACAUAAAUAUACAUCAUUUAUGUUUUAUUCUAUUGGAAUGAGUUGAUGGAAAGUUGCACUAUUCACGCAAAGGGAAAAGUUAUGCGGAUUGCUGUUUGUUUUCUAAUACUACCCUUGAUACCUAAACUAUAACACUGCACAGCAUCCCAUCAACUGUAUGAAAGAAUUAUAGCAAAGUAUAAGAAUGUGUGUGACAAAAUAAAGUAUACAGGAACAGUG